AUGGCGGCGCCCGUGGACCUGGAGCUGAAGAAGGUAGAACUGCAGGCCAAGGUGAUAGACACGCAGCAGAAGGUGAAGCUGGCCGACAUCCAGAUCGAGCAGCUCAGCAAGACGAAGAAGCACGCCCACCUCACCGACACGGAGGUCAUGAUGCUGGUGGACGAGACCCGCAUGUACGAGGGUGUGGGGAGGAUGUUUAUUCUUCAGUCUAAAGGAGUGAUUCAUAAUCAGCUCUUAGAAAAACAGAGAAUAGCCGAAGAGAAAAUUAAGGAAUUAGAGCAGAAGAAGUCGUACCUGGAGCGGAGUGUGAAGGAAGCAGAAGAUAACAUCCGGGAAAUGCUGAUGGCCCGAAGGGCACAGUAGCCCCUGAGCUCAUCUCCUCUGCCUGCCCCCUCC